UACACUGUUCAUAAACCUUUUAUGAGAAUAUUUUGUGUAGUUGCUUUUAAGUAUACUUCAACUUAUUUAACAGAAAGAAGAGCUUGUAUCCAAGUACAUAUCUGCAUGUGGUUAUGCGUAUAUGUGUGUGAGUGAAUGCUUGAACUAAGCUCAUAAUAAAACACAACCUCAGCACUUUUCAAGUUAUGAGAUAUGUUUGAAGAGUGGCUUCACUGUUGUGCCUCAAUGGAGAUCAAACAAGCAUAGAAUCAGAAGUCCCGACAUCUUCAGUCUACACCUGGUAUAUAAAUCGGUGCUUUCAGAGAGGACUUUUUUCACCUCAAAAGCUGAAAUGGCCCUUCAGGAUGUGAGUGGUUUUAUGGAUUACCUUGAUGACAUCCCCCAUGAUCACCUACCAGAUGAGAGGGGAUCUCUUUUCAAGACAACAUCUGAGUUUGAAACAGACAGUCCUUUCCAUUUUCUUUCCCCCCCACAACAGAACAGCGGAAAGCUUGGAGCACCAUCUCUUCUCUCUCCGACCUUUCCUUGUCUGUCUCCCCAUCAACGCCCUUUUCAGUUAUCACAUGGCACCACCACUUUAGGCUUUACGUUUCAAGGCGGGGUGAUAGCUGCUGCGGACACACGUGCCAGCUGCAAAGGAUUAAUCUGCUGUCCAAUAAGUCAGAAGAUUAUGCCCAUCCAUUCUCACCUGGUGGUCACCACCUCAGGCAGCGGCGCAGACUGCAUGCUGUGGGAGCGAAUCCUCACCCGUGAAAUGAGGCUCUACCAGCUUCGCCACCGGAGGAGAUUAACUGUCAACGGAGCUGCAAAGCUUCUUUCCAUGAUGCUUCAUCCAUUCAAAGGCACUGAGGUGUGUGUGGCGGUUACCCUUUGUGGAUGGGACGGAGAAGAUGCCCAGAUAACCUUUCAGACAGGCAUGAAAAUGGGGGCAAAAGUUGAAAAAACAAUGAAACAGGAUAGCCAAGAUCCCAUGAAGAAUAUUGCAAAAAGUAAGAUGAUGUCCUCAACAAAUAAGCAGUCUGAUCAAAGUACUCUUUAUGCUAUUGGGGAAAAAUGUGGUCCCAGGGUGUGCUAUGUGUGCAGUGACGGCUUGAAACUGAGAGGAGAGAUCAUCUCUGUUGGCUCUGGGUCACCCUAUGCAUAUGCUGUGCUUGAUGAUGGUUGGAGAUGGGGAAUGACCGUGGAUGAAGCCAUGGCGCUGGCCCGGGAGGCUGUUUUCAGAGCCACACACUGGGAUGCUUACUCUGGGAAUAAUGUGGAUCUUUUCCACAUCACUGCUCUUGGCCUCAGGCGCAGGGACAGAGAGGAUCUGAAGGAGGAGUAUUAUAGAGAAAAAGAGAGAGCAAAGAAGAUGAUUAAGGAGAGGGAGAAAGAAAGGCAGAUAAAAGAAAAAGCUGAGCUGGCAGAAGAGGCAAAGGACAUAAAAUCAGUACAUGGAGAAUAA